AUGAAAGCUGAAUAUGAUGAAACAUCUAAUAAAUAUUCGGGACCAGAUAUGAAGUUAGAGCAUGCCGUUUCAAAUGCAAAUUUUGAUGAUAAAAGAAAUGUCAACAAAUAUUUGAAACGACAAUUUGGAUGUAAACAUUAUGUAGAAAUGUUAAACAAUGAAAGAUAUAGGAAAAAUGGUAUCGAUUCGAUGUUUUGUGAUAGAACAAUUACCCAAAGAGAGUAUCAAUUCUUAAAAUCAAAAGCAAAACCAUUUAAGUGUACUACUUGUGAUAAAGUGUUUUCAAAUGAGUUAAGUGUAAUGGCACAUAAUAUUAAAGAACACGUAGGUGAAAAAUGUUUUACGUGCCCUGAUUGUAAACAGAUAUUUUCUGAACGAAACGAUUUACUUAGUCAUAAUAUUAAGUUACAUCCUAGUGAUAAACGUCAAAAAUUACAUAUUAAAUGGAGACGGCGAAACAAUAAUCAAUUUUUGUAUAAGAGACCUAGACCAUAUAAUUUAGUAAUGUAA